AUGUACGCGCUCAAAGUAGCUGGAAUCCGCUUUCUGCGGUUCCUCAUUCCAGUCGUGCUCAAGUUCAUGGGUCCAAAAGCGCACGGUCCGCCUGCCAAGCCCAGCAUCAAGCUGCGUCUCAAGACCAAGUCCAAACGUCGAGUAUUGAUUCACAUUUAUCAACCGAGCAGCAACAGCAGCAAUCUCUCUCCUUCUCCUCCUUCUCCUCCUCCUCCGGGCAGCUCUACUGCCUCAAGUCGGAGCGCAAGACCAGCAGCCAUCAUCAAUUUGCACGGCUCGGGUUUCUGCUUCCACUCUUUUGGAGAGGAUGGCAAAUUUUGUCAAUUGAUGGCGGAUAGCAUCAACGCCAUCGUCUUUGAUGUCGACUAUUCGCACGCCCCCGAGCAUCCUUUCCCAGCAGCAAGCGAGGAUGUGGAUGCCGUCUUGUCCUUCUUGCAACAAGGUUGCAUCGCAUCCGACGAUGCGGAGGACAAACCCCACACGAGCCCACAAGCCUCUUCCAUAAAUUGGGAUGCCUCCAAAAUCGCUCUGACCGGCUUCAGCUCCGGCGGAAAUCUCGUCCUCACAGCCUGCGUUCGCGCUCAUCAGCGCGGAGACGCGAGCAUCAAAGCAGUGGUCGCCUUCUAUCCUUCCACCGACCUCGCCGAAUCUCCUUACAACAAGCCAGCUCUAUCUCCAUCAAAAGGCGCAGCCGGCGGUGUCCUUCCUCCCCAGCUUCGCCACUUCCUCUACGCCUGCUACCUGCCUCCACCGCAAAAGAGGGACGACCCGCUCGUCUCGCCCAUCUACGCAUCGACCCAAGCUUUCCCGAGCAGCACCACCAUCAUCACGUGCCAGGGCGAUUCGCUGGCUAGAGAAGCGCGGAAUCUGGCCAAGAAGCUCGAGGAAGCUGGACGAGAUGUGGUGCAUUACGAGGCAAAAGGUCAAGGACAUAACUGGGACAAGAUGGUCAAGGAAGGCACAGAGCCGGCCAAGCUGAGAGACGAAGCCUACGAGCUCGCGAUGAACCGUCUGCAAAAGGCCCUAGAAUUCAGCGCAGCAGCCUGA